GCAAAACAGUUCAGUGUUUUCAUUGCAAGCAAAUAGACGUGCAACUGCGCAGCAUUUGUAGUUCUAAAGAUACAAAUAUACUAGUUAAGGAUUAAUAAGGUGUUUCGUAGUGAAACCAACCAAAAACAGCCGCCAUGGGGAAAAAGAAACCGCAGAAGAUAGUUCUUGGCGCAGUUGGGCAAACGGUGCCAGGGGCACAACAGCAACAACAGCCACCGCAACAACAACAACAACCACAACCACAACAACAACAGCAGCCUCAACAACGGCCGCAACAGCAGCAGCAGCCACAGCCUCAACAAAGGCCACAGCAGCAGCAACAGCAGCAACCACAGCACCCACAGCAGCAGCAGCAGCAGCAACAAAAGCGCCCACAGCAGCAGCAACAGCAGCAGGGCCAUCCACAACAGCAGCAGCAGCAGGGGAAUCCGCAGAAAAAGCAAAAGAAGCAGCCGCAAUCGGGAGGUCCACAGCAGCAUCAGCAGGGACCUUCACAACAACAGCAGCAACAUGCGCAAAAACAGCAUGAACCGCCGCAGCAGCAACAGCUGCAACCACAGCGCCCACAGCAGCAGCAGCAGCAACAACAACAGCGCCCACAGCAGCAGCAACAGCAGCAGGGCCCCCCACAACAGCAGCAGCAGCAACAACAGCGCCCACAGCAGCAGCAACACAAACCGGCGGCUCCCGCUGCUGCCACCGGUGGUGCCGUGCACCGGGACGCUUCCGUUGCGUCAACCAAAUCGUCCAGCUCCGGUGACGGCACGCUGCAGACGAUCGAGGAGAACCUGGGCGCAAUGCGCAUAGCGAAGGAGAAGAUUCGCCGAACCGAUCUGCGACCGGUGCUGGUGCGGCGCGGGGCGCACGGUAAGCGCGGCAAGCCCGUCUCGGUCGAGGCCAACUUUUUCCGCCUGCUGCUGGACAAGCUGAAGGGUACGGCGUACCACUACGACGUCGCGAUCGAACCGGACCGGCCGAAAAAGUUCUACCGGCCCGUGUUUGCGCAGUUCUGCCGGGAAAACUAUCCGGGCGCCAUGCUGGCGUUCGACGGGCAGAAGAACGCGUACACCACGCGCAAGCUGAGCGACAAGAAGGCGAAGGUGGUGUUCCAGCCGGACGACGGUGGCAAGCAGCGCGAGUACACCGUGCAGGUGAAGGAAGCGGCCCAGCUCGAUUUGGGCGUGCUGAAAACGUACAUGAAAUCGAAUGAGGAGACAAUGGCCAAACCGAUGAGUGCCAUCCAAUGUCUGGAUGUGGUGCUACGCAGUGCCUAUGAGAAUAAUCCCAAUUUUGUGCGGUUCAAGCGCGCCGUGUACGCAGUGCCCCGCCAAUCCAUCGACAUCGGUCGGGGUCACGAGCUGUGGUUCGGGCUGUUCCAGUCGGCGCUGCUCGGUUCGCGCCCAUACCUAAACGUGGACGUGUCGCACAAAGCGUUCCCGAUGGGUGCGCCGGUGCUGAAGGUGAUCGGCGACUUCAACCGCGGCCAGGUGGAUCAGGUGAGCGGCUGGGUGCAGCAGGAGCUGCACAGCUUCCUCAAGGGCAUGGACGUGGUGUACACGAACCCGACCACCAGGAUGGCCAAGCGGAUGCGCUGCAACGGGCUGCGCGAACCGGCCAGCCAGCAGAUGUUCAAGCUGGAGGAUGGGACGCGCCUCUCGGUCGCCGACUAUUUUGCCCGCAAGCUCAACUUCCGGCUGCGCUACCCGAACCUGCCGGUGCUGCACGUCGGCAGCACCGUGCGGUCGGUGUACGUGCCGGCCGAGCUGUGCGACAUACCCGCGGGCCAGGCGCUGAACAAAAACAACCCGGAGGAGUGUACGCGCGACAUCAUCCGGUACGCGGCGACGAGCGCCCCGGAGCGCAAGCGCAAGAUCCUCGACCUGGCGUCCCAGAUCCAGUACAACAAGUGCCCGACGCUGAUCGACUUCGGCAUCACGGUGGGCAACGAGUUCGAGAAGGUGCCGGCCCGCAUCAUCGACGCACCGCCGAUCGAGUACGCGCGGGGCGAGAAGAUUCCCCCGCAGCGGGGCGUGUGGCGCGCGGAGGGCAAGAACUUUAUCGUACCGAGCACGGAGCUGAGCAAGCGGCCGCUGCGCUGGCGCAUCCUCAACCUGGACCCGUACACGAACGAGGCGACGGUGAAGAAGUUUGGCGAGAUGCUGCAGUCGCAGGCAAUGCGCUGCAACGUGCAGAUGGAACCGUUCGAUAUGGCGAAAACGUACGUGCUGGUGCGCGAUAUGCGCAACUGUCUGCGCGACAUCGGCACGCUGCUGCAGAACAUCAAGCGGGAGGAACCGGCGGUCACAAUCGUGGUGCUGCCGAGCCGGGGCGAUGCGUACGCGAAGGUGAAGCAGAAGGCGGAGCUGGCGAGCGAACGGAUCGGGCUGCUGACGCAGUGCGUGAAGGGCAUGACGGUGGCCAAGAAGGGCACCGACAUGAGCACGCUCAACAACAUCAUGCUCAAGAUCAACGCCAAAACGAACGGCACGAACCACUGCAUCUCGCAGGUCGCGGUGCCACCGCUCGGACGCGGCAAGGUGAUGUACAUCGGGGCGGACGUUACGCACCCGCUCAGCGAGAACGAGCCGAGCGUGGUGGGCGUGGCGGCACUGUACGAUCUGACCGGCUUCCGGUACAACUGCAGCGUGCGGCUGCAGGGCGCCCGGGACGAGAUGAUCCGCGACCUGGAGAACAUCGUGCAGCGGCAGCUGCUGCUGUACAAGCAGUACAACGGUGCGCUGCCCGAGCGCAUCAUGUACUACCGGGACGGUGUGUCGGACGGCCAGUUUGCGGAAAUACUUACGAUCGAGCUGCAGGCACUGCACGCGGCGAUUGCGCGCGUCGAGCCGGGCUACAAGCCGGCGGUGACGUUCAUCGUGGUGCAGAAGCGCCACCACACGCGCUUCUUCCCGCAGCCCGGCUGCCCGACCGAGGGCAAGAACGGUAACGUACCGCCCGGCACGAUCGUGGACAGCGAAAUCACGACCCCGGAUCGGUACGAGUUCUACCUGGUGAGCCAUGCGGCCGUGCAGGGCGUCGCCAAGCCGACCAAGUACGUCGUGCUGUACGACGACUCGAACUGCCAUCCGGACAGUCUGCAGGCGCUGACGUACAAUCUGUGCCACCUGUUUGCGCGCUGCAACCGGGCGGUAUCGUACCCGGCCCCGACCUACUACGCCCAUCUGGCCGCCUACCGCGGCCGGGUGUACAUUAAGGACCGACGGAUCAACAUGAACGAUCUGGAAAAUGCUUACCGGGACAUUCAAAUCAUCGACACGGUUAAUAAUUCCACUCCCAUGUUCUUUGUUUAAAUGCAAUGAUUUUUUUUUAUGUGAAACCCCAUUACCGGGAAAAAGGAGGAGGGAAUGCGUACGUGCAGAUUAGCGAGGAAGGAAGUACAGUAGGUGACCGCUAACUGAGAGGUAAACAAGCUCCAGUUAACGAACAAUGUUCGCUAACUGGAGUGACGUUUCUAUGGAUUGAUUGUUUUGAUUGGCGUUGUCUGGAAUAAACAUACCAAACUUUUUUUUCAUUUAUGUUGAUAUAAAGUAUAGUAAUUCGUGUAAUAACAAAAAUUAAUAGCAAACGUAGGCAAGAGACCCUAAAUUUGUUUGAAAAAUGCACAUUUGCGACAAAUUUCUCUUCAUGAGAUUCCGGAUGUUUCAUGUUUUGACGUUUAAGUGUUCGUUAACUGAGAGUCACUCCAGUUAGCGAACCUCCAGUUAAAAAGCACUCCAGUUAAAACACAUCCAGUUAGCGGUCACCUACUGUAACAUUUUCUGCAUGUUUGAAGAAAAAAGAAUGAAGCUUUAUGUGAAGUUUAUAGCGCUGUCUCUCUUAUGAUCGACCAAAUUUCUUUUCAUGAAGUAGACCUUUUGAUUUUUCUUCACUUUUUUCACUACUUUCUAGCGUUAUGAAGCUUUACAUGUUUAAAACAUUCACAAUCUCAUUUAAUCCAUUAUUACAUUUAUUACAUAAGCUAGCAUGUUCAACCCCAAUGCGCCCUAUUAGUUUGUUUCGUAUUGGUGAAAUUGCAAUGAGAAAUGUGAUACAGUAGGUGACCGCUAACUGGAUGUGUUUUAACUGGAGUGCUUUUUAACUGGAGGUUCGCUAACUGGAGUGAUUCUCAGUUAACGAACACUUAAACGUCAAAACAUGAAACAUCCGGAAUCUCAUGAAGAGAAAUUUGUCGCAAAUGUGCAUUUUUCACACAAAUUUAGGGUCUUUCACCUACGUUUGCUAUUAAUUUAUGUUAUUACACGAAUUACUAUACUUUAUAUCAACAUAAAUGAAAAAAAGUUUGGUAUGUUUAUUCGAGUCCACGCCAAUCAAAACAAUCAAUCCAUAGAAACGUCACUCCAGUUAGCGAACAUUGUUCGUUAACUGGAGCUUGUUUACCUCUCAGUUAGCGGUCACCUACUGUACAUGUUACAAUUUAUAUAUCCUACAACUAAAUGUUUAAUUAACCAGCUAUAAUAACUUUUAUAAAACAGAAAACAUUAUAAGAUCAACGAAAAAUAUUAAAAAAAAAAAAACAAAAAAAAGGUUGAUCAUUAAUAAAACUAGGGUUAAAGGCUUCGCUUCGGCACUGAAGCGUGUCUAUCGGA